UAUGCGAGAUGGAAUGAUUGUCCAAUCAGGGAAGUAUGACGAGCUACUUAAUGCUGGUACUGAUUUUGCAUCAUUAGUUGCUGCACACGACAGUUCCAUGGAGUUGGUUGAGCAGAGUGCACCCGCCCAUGAAAGCAUGGAUGAUCCAUCUAAACCAUCAAAUAAAUCCAUCACAGAUCACGAUAAAGCUAAUGGUGAAACUUCCACCAUGUCACCUAAGGCUGAAAAGGGCUCUUCUAAGCUGAUCAAGGAUGAGGAGAGGGAGACUGGGCAUGUCAGUUUGAAUGUAUACAAAACCUACAUGACCGAGGCUUGGGGCUGGUGGGGAGUCAUCAGUGUGCUGCUUGUUUCAUUUCUGUGGCAAGGAUCUCUGAUUGCCUGUGAUUAUUGGUUGUCAUUCACAACUUCAGCUAAUAAUUCUGCUUCGUUCAGUUCAUCGCUAUUUAUUGAAGUUUAUGUCGGCAUAGCUGUGGUUUCAAUUGUCCUCAUCACAGGGAGGGCCUUUCUUAUAACUUCCUGGGGGCUCCAGACGGCGCAGAUCUUCUUCAAGCAGAUAUUGAGCAGCAUCUUGCAUGCACCCAUGUCAUUUUUUGAUACCACUCCUUCCGGAAGAAUCCUUAGUCGAGCAUCAUCGGAUCAAACCAACGUCGAUCUCUUCAUCCCGUUCUUCAUUGGAUUGGCUGUUGCGAUGUACAUUGCAGUUCUUGGCAUUCUUGUGGUCAUCAUUCAGGUAGCUUGGCCAACUCUCGUUUUCAUAAUUCCACUGGGAUGGCUCAACAUUUGGUACCGGGGCUACUUUAUUACAACAUCUCGUGAGUUAACUCGGCUUGAUUCAAUAACCAAAGCACCUGUCAUCCAUCACUUCUCAGAGACCAUUCAGGGCGUCAUGACUAUUCGGUGCUUCAAGAAAGAAGAAAGGUUCUCCCAGGAGAACAUCAACAGAGUUAAUGCAAGCUUAACUAUGGAUUUUCACAACAACGCUUCUAAUGAGUGGAUGGGAUUCCGGUUGGAGUUAAUAGGAGUCUUAGUUUUAUGCAUUUCUGCGUUACUAAUGGUUUUGCUUCCCAGCAGUAUUAUCAAACCAG